GACUGCGCAGAAUCGUAAUUGCUUUGGUGGGUCACGCAUGCAAUCCGGACCGGCUGCUAAAUGAUGCAUUCAUAACCACUGUCAAACGCGUUUGGAGAUCAGAAGGUGACAAUACAAUGAUGCAUUCUUGAAGGCAUUAAUCCCGCUCAUCACUUACCUCAGUUACUAUCCACUAGCUGUCAUGAGGUAGGACCAUCUAUCUCUGAUAGCAAGAGCUUUAAAGAAAAAUUGCCUCUAAUUUUUAAAACUCGUCACGUCAUCUCUCUGUCAACGAUUGCUGUCGCAGCUUUGAUUGUAAUUAAGCGUUAUAUUUUGUCUGACAUCUUGCGUAAUUUGGCAUGCCCUGCGUCGAUAUUUUUUUAUCUUCAAAAGAAGAUCAUGAAGAUAGUGGCCCUGCAAGGAUUGACAACGUCCUGAAUGUGAACUGGAAAUCGUUUUAGCCUAGGACAUCGUUCAAAAGUUUGCGUUUUAAGAACUCUCUCUCUAUUUGCCUUUAUUUUAGAUUGUAAAUCAUAACUUGACACAUACAAGUUAGGACAAUAGGUACAAGAACUAGACAAUAUUUCGUGUAUCGAUUCAGUUUUCACUGAAACAGUCGAGAAGUUUUGUCUGUUCUUCAAGAAAGUUUGAUUUUCAUAGUAGACCCUUUCUAGCGGAAAAAGACAAUGGUCGGCUUGUCGACGACGCAGUUGAUCACAGAUUUGCCUAGAAUUUCGACGGAUGCGAACUUCACAGUAUACGAUGUCGAAGUUACAUCGGUGAUCGACAUCGAAGUGACGUCGAUUGUCGAUAACUUAUCAAGAAGCACAUACGUGGUCGACGGCAUCGAAAGAAACCCAUACGCCGAUCAGUACGUGUUCAACGCGAUCCUAUUAGCGGUGACCAUUACGAUGACGGUGUUCGGGUGUGUGGGGAACGCUUUGGUGAUCGGGGCCGUACUUACCCAUCGGAGGCUCAGAAACCUCGGCAACGCGUUUGUGGUCAACCUGGCGGUUGCUGACCUCGCCGUGUCGGCGUUCAUCAACGCCUUCGGCAUAACGGGAGUCGUAACGACCGGAUCUUUCUUCGACAACAAACAUGUCUUAUGUCAAAUAAUUGGAGUCAUAUGUAUAAUGAGUUGUUCCUGCUCCCUUUGGAGUAUAGCUAGCAUCGGGGUCAACCGUUACAUCGCCAUUGUACAUCGGAACAUCUACAGAGACAUCUUCAACAAACGUACCUUACCUUUUCUCUUGAUUACACUCUGGAGCAUCUGCUUCUUCAUCGACCUUCCAAACCUGACCGGAUGGGGCGCCCACACCUUCGAUCCCAAGCUCAUGCUCUGUACCUACAACUACGCGGAGUCGUACAGUUACACUUUCUUCUUCAUCGUCGUGGGCUUUGGCAUACCACUGGUGGCUUUGAUCUACAGUUACGCCAGGAUCGUCAUGUACGCACGGGCGACGAAGGCGGAGGUCGCCGCCAUCAGCAAAUCGGAUAACUCAAAGUCGUCGGUCACCAACCAGGCGAUUCGUAACAACGACCUUCGGCUGCUACGCAGUGUUCUGACCAUCGUCGUCGUCUUCUUCAUCAUGUGGACACCUUACGCCACCAUCGUCGUCUUCGAUCGCUACGCUACCUGGUCCAGGACGCCGCAUGUCAUUGCCGUGGUUAUGGCUCACAUGAACAGCUGCAUCAACAGCAUCAUCUACGGCGCAACCAACAAGAACUUCCGCCAGGCCUACGGGAGACUUCUCGUCACGCUCUUUACAUGCGGGAGGCGGCGAGACUUGGAGAGCAAGAGUAUAAUGUCGAAUUCGAGCGCGAGUACAACGCCAUCCAAUGCCUAAUAGAAAUGUCGCCUACUAUAAUCAGGGGUGGUGCCACAGUGGGAUAGGGGCGACCACCUCCGAAGAUUUUUUUUAAGUAAUCGAAAAAAGGAAAAGGAUAUAAAUAUAAAUUUGACAAGC